CGAUACCGCUCGCUCGUUGCCGAAGCGGUCUCACACACUGCGGCCUGACCCCGCAGCUAGCCAGCUACAGCCUCACGGGUACGGCCUUACACUUACAAUAUAGUUAGGCUUACACCCACCCACCAGCCGCUCAAGACCGCAGCGCCCGCCCCCGCCCGCACGUGUUGAGCUUGCACUACUGGUCAACGGUGCUGCCAGUACUGCGUGUGUGUCGCAAGCAACGAAAGGUAAGUAAAGGACCCGCGCAACCGCACCAGGGCCGGUUCACGCACUUCAACAGCGCGCGCCGGGGCAAGCUCCCACGCCGGGCCAAGCUCCCACCCGGGGCAACCUUAAGGUACAGUCGUGCAGAGUACAGACGCAUGACGUCAGAAAGGCAGUUCUGGCUGCAAUUCCCCAAGCUGGAGGCGGGGUUUGAGGUGCUGCGGCGUCAACUGGAGGCGCACACGGGCAGCGGCGACGGGCCGCUGCCGCUGGCGCUGCUGCGGACGCAUGCCUCCGACUUUGGGCUGCCGGCGAGCUGCGCCGUGGUGCAGGACCUGUGCAGCAAGUCGGCUGUGCACAAGUGCCGCGGAUUGAGCAGCUGUGGUGCUGCUGCUGCUGGUGGCGCAUCCUGGCGCAUCUGACGGAGCCAGCCGCCACCGGCGCCAGCCUGCCGGAUGACGUGCGCACCAUGCUCGACUGCCUGGAGCUGGCGUUCACGCACUUCAGCAGCGCGCGCAGGGGCAAGCUCCCACGCGUGGGUUCGGGACUGGGCGGAAAGCUCCCACGGGCGAGGGCGGCGAGCAUAGGGUUCGGGAUUGGGGCGUGCGAUGGGAAUUCGCACCUUGGA